AUGGGAUGCUCUGCAUCAAAUACCAACAGUCUUCCCCAUUUGAAAAUCGAUGAUUCUAAAAUCUCCCACUGAGAAAGAGAGCUAAACUUCUAUGACUGCAAAGCUGAAGAAAUGAUAGAGUGCAUAGAAUCAAACCAAGAGUCUGAAGAAUUUAUUUCUGAAAAAUCAUUAUGCGAGAUCUUGUUCUUCUUUAAAUUUCCUUCUAAUUCUUUUCCACACAACAGUGGAAGAGUCAGCACAUUUUAUCAAAACUUGACACAAGAUGACAAAAUUUCCAUAAAAAAACUGAAAAUUUUGGUCAUUUUAUAGUAUAGGUCUUAUUUAGACCAGAAUAUAUGAUUUUUUCUGAAAGAUCAAAAAUAAAAUUUCCCAAUUUUUGGCUGAAAAAAUGCUUUAAAAGAUAGUUUUCCUUUUUGAGCCUUUUCCUAAUUACUCUAAAAGAGCCUAAACGCUAUAUUAUCAGAAGAUUUGCUAAAGGUAAAAGCUCGUCUAUUUCACCAUGCAAUGAGAUGGACAACUAACAAAAUCAAUGAAGAACAAAUAGAAGAAUUUCUUGAAAUUCUUUCCUCAUUAUCAAUCAAUCUUGUAUGCUUAGCACAAGGCAAAAAACCUGACCAGAUUUCUAUGGAAAAACUGGCAGAUAUCGAACAAAAGCUCAUCGAUGGGCAAAAAGAUUUUAUUUCCUCUUACAAAAAGCAGCUUCUCUCACAAAAUAUCCACAUUUCAGCUAGAGAAUUCAUAAAUAGAACCCUUAAGCACCCUUACUUAUUCACCCCUACAGGAAUUCGGGCUAUGAUAAACCAAUGCAUUAAAGAAAACAUUUUUUUAUCGACAAGUACCUCGAACCAAUACCAUUUAGCAGCCACUUCUGACACCACUUUGACCAGCACUGAAAAAAUCCUUAAUUUUAUGAAGCGGAAUGCUGAGAAAAUAAAUCGCCACGACUCAGACUCUUGACUUAAUAGCAGCAAGCUUGACAACUUAAGCUUUCAUAAAGAUCAUCCACAAAAACCCCACCAAUUCCGAAGGCAUCACUCAGAAAAAUCUAAUAAAGAAGCCAAGACUGCAGAAAAUGACAUAGAAAUCCUCAAAGAAAAGCUUAAAAAGCUCCAGUCAGAGAACAAAGAGCUGCAAGCCAAAGCUGCUAUAUUCCAAGAAGAGUCUCGGUUAGCCUUAAAAGACAUUGAUAACGUCCAAAAAUACGGAACAGCCAUACCUAAUAAAGCUUGUAAACAAGAGCUUGAAGCCAAACAAGAAGAAUUUAUGCUAAAACUGUCCCAGUUGCAGUCAAAACUCCAAGAUUUAUCAUUAAAAAAUGAUAAACAUAUGAGCAUGACCGCAGUCAGACUAUCCCUAAUUAUAUAUAAAUCAACGCUCAGAUCUGCCUUUGGCAAGUGGAAAAUCAAGCCAAUCAAGAUCCCAGCCUAUAUUUCUAGGCCAUUUAAGGUGGAAACAGAUGAUCUCACAAAGGACACGAUCACUGCCACCACAAUUGUUACAAAAGAAAUGGUACAAGAGAUCAAAAGUAUGGUAACGAAAAUUGUGAGGAAAAAAAGGAAGGUCAAGUAA